AUGCCUCUGUUUGUCUCCUGUUGCUGGCUGCUGCUCCCACGGUGAUUCUCGCCUCCUCCUCCCGGUUCCCGUGAUGGGCUCCGGGAGCUGAAUCGCUGGAGAGAUUUGUGGGGGGAUAAGGGAAAAAGAGGAUGAGCCACGUGGCCAGCCCAGUGAAAGCCUAUGACUUCUUGCUGAAAUUUCUGCUGGUGGGGGACAGCGAUGUGGGCAAAGGAGAGAUCUUGGCUAGCCUGCAGGAUGGAGCCACCGAGUCACCCUAUGGGUACAACAUGGGUAUUGAUUACAAGACGACGACGAUACUUCUGGAUGGCCGCCGAAUAAAACUACAGCUGUGGGAUACAUCAGGACAAGGGAGAUUCUGUACCAUAUUUCGUUCCUAUUCAAGAGGCGCUCAGGGAGUGAUACUGGUAUAUGAUAUUACAAAUCGUUGGUCAUUUGAUGGCAUUGAUCGAUGGAUAAAGGAGAUAGAUGAGCAUGCUCCUGGUGUGCCUAAAAUCCUGGUUGGAAACCGCCUUCAUUUAGCCUUCAAGCGUCAAGUCUCUACUGAACAAGCACAAGCCUAUGCUGAGCGAUUAGGCAUGACUUUUUUUGAAGUUAGCCCUCUUUGCAACUUCAACAUCACAGAGUCUUUUACUGAGCUGGCAAGGAUAGUGUUAAUGAGACACGGGAUGGACCGGCUCUGGAGGCCAAACAAGGUACUGAGCCUGCAAGAUCUCUGCUGCCGUGCUAUAGUUUCCUGCACCCCUGUGCAUCUUGUUGAUAAGCUUCCUCUCCCGGUUGCCUUACGAAGCCAUCUCAAAUCUUUCUCUAUGGCUAAUGGCCUUAAUGCCAGAAUGAUGCAUGGACGCUCCUACUCACUCACUACCAGCAACAAUAACAAAAGGAACAGCCUAAAGAAAGCUAAAAUUAUCCGUCCCCCUCAGAGCCCACCAAAAAACUGUACAAGAAACAGCUGUAAAAUUUCCUAAACCUGAUGUGGCUGAAAAACACGGUUGAUUUUCUUCGCAUGGAGCCUUGAACACAGGCUGUCCUAUUGAAUAGCUGAGCAUGCUCUGUGUAUCACACUACAUUGACAGAAAUAAAGAAGACUUAUUUUAGAGUCUGCUCACUAUAAUAAUGCUGCUUUGGAAUGAAUGAUGUGUUCAGUGCAACAGAAAUGGAUGUGACACUUAGACUUUUGGACUGGAAUUUUUGAUGUGCAAAAUGCCCUUGUUUUGAGAUGUGUGUUUUUAUAAAGGGAAUUAUUAUCAUUUUAUUGGGUUAAUUACAAGAGAUCUUGGAAGUGAUUUGUGUAAUUCAAUAGAUCAGAAUCUGUUUUAUCGCAAACUUUAUUUGCAAAUAGGCAAAAAUUAGUGUGUCCGUGAGUAGAUUCAAGCAGAUAUUUUUUAAAUGCAAUGUAUUGAAUACAUUGUACAUUUUACAAAUAGUGAGCCAUUCUAGUACUAUAUUGCAGUCGUGGAUCUGAUUAUUUUUUGUACAACUUCCUUGGUAACCUCAAAGCACUAAUUUAACUAAGCUGCAAAUGUAUAUAUAGAAUAUUAUGCACAACAUGUUUUUGUCCCUUUAGUGUAUGAAACAGAUUUGAUAAAGGUUUUGCUAUGUUAUUUAAUACUUUUUGGGAUUAAUCUGUGGUUUAUAUUCUUAUUUUUCUGUAAAGCUACAUUUUUGUACCAGAUGUUCUAAAAGGUAGUUAGAAGAAGAAAAUGCCAAAGACAGUAGUCACAACAGCAGUAAGA